UCCUCAGUAUUGGUGAAAGAUACACGUCUUUACACGAGUUCCAUCGCUUAUGUGGUCGUAUACAUACUUCUUGUGUAGAGGUUCUACCUCCACCACCUUCGCCACCUUACCUACUCUGCGCUCUCUGUUUGCCCUCCAUCACGCACGUAGAACCGGAGCCACCGCCAGGUAGCACUCAUGUCGAACUAAUCGAUCUUUUCGCUCGAUCACACAGAGUCCAAGUCCCUCUCUAUAAGCAACGCGGAUAUACGUAUAGUUCGACCUAUGUUUUCAAAGUCGCGUUUUCCAUAUUUUUUUAUCGUACAAAAAUUUGGUAUUUUUUGACUAAAUUUCGAGUGAUUUUCGUCCCCCUUUUUUUCAUUUUUAAUUCAAUUUUUACGUAAUUUUUUUCGCUCCGUUUUUUGGUGAUUGUGACUAGUGAUUUUGUUCGUGUUUUUGUUCAUGUUGUUGAUGUUAUUAUUGUGCGUGUUUCUAUUUUCGUGAAUCGUAUAUUUGCGCGAGAUUUUUUUUUUUUUUUUUGGUGUACUGAUUCGUCUGUUUUGUUGGAAAUUAUUGUGAUUUUUACGCGUUUUUUGAUUCGAUUCGAGACGAUUCGAAUGUGUCGCGAUUGUUUUAUGAUCGUUGUUUGUUUUAGUGCAGUGUGACGACUACUUUGAUCGUGCGAAUGAUCGCGAUGUGUUUGGUGUGUGUUGACGACAAUUGUGAUCGUCAAACUUGAGCUGGAGGUUCAUGCCAAAAAUCACCCACAAGAGGUUGUUUAUUUAGCCAGGGAGUAAAAAGGUUCUGCUCGAGAUGCCUACCACACCAGCAUCAAGCACGCCAAGCAGCGUCGCAGACGAUUCACCGAUGGGCUCCAGUUCCUACCUGAUGAUGCAUCGAACCGAAUCCACAUCGGCUUUCGUACCGGUCGUACCAUCCCGAGCAAUGCAUCUGUACCGUCCAUCCAACGACAAUCUGGUCUCGAUGAUGGCCGAUAAACGUAAAGAGCUCGCGUUACGCGAAGAAGCAGCCAACGUAGCGGCGGCUGCGGCUGCUGCGAUGCUGAUGCAUAGGCCAUCAGGACCACCUCCACCUCCUUCGAUUCUGGACGCGACCGCAUACAGUUCCUCGAAUAUGUUUCCUACCGGAGCUAAUCCGGCCUUGUUUCCGUUUCCUGGUACCAGUUCUGCGAUUUUCCCACCGGCCGGGGCUACUCACGCUAGACUGCUCAGGGCACCCGGACGAGCGUCUAGGCCUAAGAAACAGUUCAUUUGUAAAUUCUGUAAUCGCCAGUUCAGCAAGUCGUACAAUUUGCUCAUACACGAACGUACGCAUACCGAUGAACGACCUUACUCCUGUGAUAUUUGUCAGAAGGCUUUUCGAAGGCAGGAUCAUCUGAGAGAUCAUAGAUAUAUCCACUCGAAAGAGAAACCAUUCAAAUGCACCGAAUGCGGCAAAGGAUUCUGCCAAUCGCGUACCCUGGCAGUACACAAAAUCCUGCACCAAGAAGAAUCACCCCACAAAUGCCCAGUCUGCAAUCGCAGCUUCAACCAGCGCAGCAACCUGAAAACCCACCUGCUCACCCACACCGACCACAAACCUUACGAGUGCAACUCCUGCGGCAAAGUAUUCCGCCGCAAUUGCGAUCUCCGACGUCACGCUCUAACUCACGCCGUCGGAGGCGACGUUCCCUCAGACUCUCUCCAGUCACCUUCGCCCAGCGCCGAAGGAGGCGAAAACUACCGAUUGGAGAGCGCCGACGAUACAUCCUCGAUCCGCAGCAGAUCUCCCGAGGACGGAAUGCGUUCCAGAACACCGUCCAAUGAACGUAGACCUACGCUGGCAUUGGACGCGAAAACCAGUAUCUUCGGGACUAGGGAGAGCCGCCCGAGAUCACCCGUAUCUCCGGAUAAAGAUCGUCGUUCACCUUUGGGUAUGAUGCGGUCUCCCAUCCUGUCUCGUCGAAAGAUCUCGCCCAUGUUCGCUGGCAGCACCAGUGGUCGCGUGUCUCCGGCUGGAAACACCCCAUCGUCGUUAUUCCAGUCGACCUCAGCAGCCAGUGGAUCCGGCCUGAGACCCAGUUCACCAUCACCGGUGUCCAUCUUCAGGCGUACGUCUCCUUCGCCAUUACCACUGUACAGGAAACCAUCGGCGUCGCCUAAUCGGUCCAUAUUUAGGCACCAUUCUCCCUCCUCUGUGCCUAUAUUCCGUCGCCAGUCCCCCUCCGUACCGUACAGGCGUCGGUCACCUUCACCAAACUUGACCAAAUGCCACCAUCAAGAUCUAUCUUCACCCUCGACCUCGUACACGAUGCGACCAUCCGGCUCCAGAGCAGCCCAGGUUCAAGUUCGACGCGACCUCUACCCAUCAGAGACCACAUGCGAAUCGGACAUAUUCCGAUCGAAACCCCCCGAGCCCCCAGAUAUACCCAGUGCUCUGCUCAGGGCACCUUCACCAGUCUCAGGGUCCUCUUUGAGCACCCCUGAUCCUAUCUCCAUCGAAGGAUCUGCCAAUAAGUCAUCGACAUCAUCAGCUGCUGGCGGAUUCCUGUCAACGCCUUCGGUCAACGUACCCCCUCCUGCGGUGGUCCCUGCUGUUGUUGCUGCUCCUACGGUGCCUCCUCCUACCGCACCAGCUCCCCCGGUUAAGAAAGGGUUCAGUAUAGAAGACAUUAUGCGCAGAUAGGACCUCCUCCUGGCGCAGAAGCCCCCGUCAUCCGAGUAGCUGGAUCUCUCUACUAAAACGAGUUUCCACCGACUUUAAUCUCGUACAUCUGUGAUUCCCACAGCAUAAAACAAAGUGACGCUAACUUUCAACCAGCCCACACGCUGACAUCUGCAGUGUUGCCAUUUUGAAUGGUGCUAUUUAUUAUAUUAUAUUGUUUUAAAAUUAGAUAUGUAUCUCUCUCUAUAUCUCCUCGUUUGUUGUUUUAUCUCGAUUCAAUGUGCAUUUCUUUACUCGACGUAAGUGUUUUUUUUUUCAAUAUUAUUAUAUUUUGGUCUCUGCUGUGUGUAUAAGUUAUUGUAUUAUUUCGUAUUAUACAAAAUGUAGCAUUACGUAAGUUGUACUAUAAAUGCCUAUUUUACGUGUAAAUAUGUAAGUAGGUAAGUUAUCUAUUUAUUCUGAUAAGUAUUUUUUUUCUUUCGUUAAAUUACUGUAGUAAGAUUUUUUUUAUCCGAGAAGAGUUCGAGCCUAGUCCAUCUUCAUUGAUAAAACUCGACGCCCUUCCCCUCCUCUGCUUCUGCUGCUGGCUCUAUCGUGUAGAAAAAUAUUACGCCUCGUACUCACUACUACCUACCUGAGUACCUACCGUUCAACAAAACAAACUUUCCAGCGUUUUUCUUAAUUACACGUACAACCUGUAAUCAAAGCCGCGACUCGGCCAUAUCCUAAACAUUUCAUUAACCACUCCAGCCUACCAAAAAGUUAAACUGCGCGUACCGAGCAACAAAACCGAACGGAAAUGUAAUUAAAAUGUUGUUUAAAACACGUGAAAAUAUUUUUCUCUGAAAUUAUUCAAUUUUCCAGUCUCGCAGGCGCGUACUAAUUAAACAACAACCCCCCCCCCCAUCCACACUCGUGUUCUAUACCGAAUACUACACCACACAUAUAGUGCAGUACAAUAUGCUGCUAUACAAAGAUGUACUCGAACCAUUCGAAUGUGGCUUUUUAAUUAUUGUUUGAAUAAUGGACUGUGUUUAGUGUAGGUAGGCACGUUUACAUAUAGGUACAUUAUCUCUACUCUGGCGGUUAAUUUUUAGAACAAUCCUCUUCUCCUCCUCUUGUUUCGAUUCCGUCCUCACUCAAGAUCGAACUUCAAGUUCUCAUUGUAAGCUUAUAGGUAACUUAUAGUACCUUUCUAUGUGUACGUUUUGGUAUCUCAUUUGAAAAUACACAUAUAAUAUCUGUAUCUGGAAUUACAGGUGUGACCUAAAUUGAAAUUUCCAAUUUUCAAAUUACAUAUGUAUUUGAGUACCUACGAUAAAAUAUUAGAUUCAAAAUGAACCUAAAUUAUUUUGAAUUGAUGACUUAUCUAUACCUAUUGAGAAAUACUUGAAUAUAAUGCUUUAAGUGAUAUGUAAAUUAUUGUUUUUUGUUUGAUGCUUAUACCUAGUAGGUAUGUACCUACUUACUAUUGUAAUAUUUUCUGUAGUUUAUAUGUAGAAGUGUAUAUGAUACAUAGAUAUAUUAUUUAUGACGAUGGAUUAUAAAUUGUUUUUCUUUUUUUAAUGAUUAUUAUUACAUUAUGUGAUUUUUACGUAAAUUUUUUUGUAUGUAUUGUAUAUUUGUGGAAAGAAAAAAAAAAGAUUUCUUAAUAAAUUUAAAUUU